AUGGCGGUGCAGAUAGCACUUUUCAAGGGCUACAUUGACAUUGCCCUCACCUAUGAGCGCGAACAGGAGGAGAUUUCAGUUUCCGAGGGCUGGGCUGAAGAUGCAGGAUGUAUCUUCCAUGAUCACUUUACACUGGUUGGUCCAAAGCACGACCCAGCUAAUGCCAGUCAAGCCAAGUCUAUCGAAGGGGCUUUCGAUCGAAUUGCUUCGAGUCAAUCUCUGUUCUACAGCAGGAACGAUGGAUCCGCGACCAUGUGCAAGGAACGUGAAAUUUGGCGUCGAUGUCAUCGUCGUCCAUGGGAUGAGAAGUCCAAUUCUUCCAAAUGGUACAUCAAAACUUCAUAUAACCCGGCAGAUGCUGUGUCUUUUGCGACGGCUUCGGGGGCUUAUAUACUUAUGGACCGAUCGACUCUCCUAAAACAAGUCAGUCGACAUACCGUCGCUAAUUGGGCAGUUUUCUUUGAGCCCACUGGUCCCUUCCACCCGCUUAUGAAUUCUUGUUACGCUCUUCAUACUCCGCUGAGAAGCUCCAGGGUCUGCGAAGAGAUAACCAAGUUCAUUGAUUACCUGAAAUCUAGGAGGGGACAAGAUAUUAUUGCAAGCUACGGAGUGGAUAAAGUGGGGGUUCCGCUUUUUGCAUCUGUUGAUCAAGGAAUCGCCCCGAGUCGCUUGGUCGGCCAAAUGUUGGGUUCAUUGAAAUGUUGA